UUGCAGUAUGGUCUUACUUAUAUUUCUAUAAGUUGUUAAUCCACAAAGUCUUGUUAUUAUAACACAAAGCUUAGCUACUCCAUCUCCAAUCUAAGAUGGUUUCAGAGGACAAAUUCAGGAAAUAAUCAUUGUAAAUCAAAGGAAAUACUGUAGCGAGAUAUAAAGGGUGUAGUCUUUUUAUCCUUUGUCAUAAAUAUGUUUUUAUUGGGUGAAGUUAAAAACGAAAUUCAGUUAAAUUUAGGCAAACUAUAGUUAGAGAUAAUCCAUUAAUCUCCUAGUGAUUUCACUGCAAUUAAUGACUUGGCCAUCCAAACAUUUUUUACCUUUAUAAAAAGGGUCUCAACACAUCCUGCCAUACCCUCUAUAUACAGUCGAUUCUUGCAUUCCAGUUUAUUCAGCGAUGAAGACGGACGUUAGCCCUUGCUCUCUCGAUCUGCCCCCCCCCCCCCACCUGGGGGGACUUAUGAAGACUUAUGGAAUGCUUAUAGAGUACCGGGUCUCGUACACCGGGUCACGGGCAACCGUGACCUUGGUGUACGGAGACCGUAUUCAAAAGAAAGGAAGAUGGAGGAAGAGGAGACGUGUGCCAGCGGCGGCGCAGGGGGAGUCAAAACCGGUGACUAAACCGCCGGCGGCGACUCCUUCUGUUCGACCGCCGAACACCGCUCACCCGAGCAAGAAGACAAGAGCAGAAGAGGUUCCGGACCCGGAUGUUCAAGCUUCUCUGCAAACGGAAGAGCCGGAGACGGAGCUCGACACGGAAGUCUGCGUCACACCGUACAACCGGCCACCUGCACCAAUUCCUUCGAAAGCGCUUCCGGACGUGUCGCCGAUUAUACUGGCGACACCCGUUGAGGCGCAGGCCCGGAAGGUGGCCGUUGUCAAGAGGAGGGCGACCGCUCCCCCGGGGGCCAUACCAGCCAAGCCGAGUCGCCCCUCUCAACCGCCGGAGUCUCACAAACAACCAGUGGAGCAGUGGUCACUGCAGGCCAGCCGUCUCCCCCAGCGUUACCACCAACUGGUUAAGUACAACAUACAACACCUCAUCAGCAGACCCAAGGCCCUAGCCUACAAUCCAUUGCCAGACAAUCCAGACGAAGGGGAGUUCGCUGUACAUCGACUCAAGAUGCGGGAGCGACACAACGCAGUUUGCGUCACCAUCUGCCGGAGAGGAUUUUUCAGCCAAGGACUGCUACUCUCGGAGAUGGACAACCCGACACUACAUCGCGUUCUGAAAACCGUCGCGGGGACUCAUUACCGUUCCAUCACCGAGGCGUUAGCAGCCUCCGACUACCGGCAGUUCCUCCCGCAGCUUGAGACCACCGGGUAUAUCGGAACUCCAUAGACGCCAACCUUUGCUAGGACAGGAAGGAAAACAUCACCCAGAUGUAACUGUCGGUCACCAAAGUGGAAUCAGAAAGGCCGUUAAAAAAUAUUCCAUUAAAGGUGACAAUCUUUAUUAUGAAGCCAAGGGAAAACACCAGCUGGUAUGCCAUUCCAGAGAAGAGCGUGUGUCUGCCCUUAAGCACUGCCAUGAUGAACCAGGAACUGGUGGACAUUGGGGCAGAAACAAAACGCUGGACAAGAUACAGGAAUCCUAUUACUGGCUGGGGAUGGCAAAGGAUGUUGAGAAAUGGAUCAACGAAUGUGACCAGUGUCAGCGCCAGGAAAGGCUAAAGACAAUAGCACCAAUUCUGCAUCCAAUCGAGACCGAUUCUCCUUGGGAUUUAAUAGGGAUAUACCUGAUCGGCCCCUUUCAGAAAACAGAAGGUGGUAACAAGUAGGUGUCUUAAAUCAUAAUUGUUUUACUUUUUGUGAUACCACUAACUCUAGUAGUCAAACAAAAUAAUAGUUGUGGUUCCAAUUACCUAGCAGUCAGUAGAAAAAUUGUGCAACCCUAACGUUUUUAAAGAAAAUCACCCCAAAAUCAUUUUGUCAACCGACCAAGUCUAAAUUAAUAUAACCAACAAUCAGCUUUGUAUAACUUUUUCACAAUAUUCAAUUGAUAAUUAAAUAGUGUUCGGUUUUACGAUUACCACAGCUGUGUUUUGAAAUUUUGUAUAAUUUUGAGUUAAGGUGUACCAGGCAAUUUAGACGGGCUGCCAAAAUAAAGUGUGUCGAACUGUUUACAAAAAAAAAAAAAAACCCUGAUAACUGCAAAUAACUGAUGUGGAUUUCUUCAAACAGAUCGUCAACAGUUUCCUGGCUAAUGCACUCAAUACAUUUUAUUUACGGUUAUAUGACGUCGGACAUAUGGUUAAGGACCACACAGAUAUUUAGGGAGGAAACCCGCUGUCACCACUUCAUGGGCUACUCUUUCAGAUUAGCAGCAAGGGAUCUUUUAUAUGCACCAUCCAUAGACAGGAUAGCACAUACCACAGCAUUCGUGGUGCACUGGUUGGAGUGAGUAAUAGCUCAAUGGUCCCAUUUUUUAGUGUUGAAUUAUGCCCUUGUUUAUAUUCAGAUGUGUUAAUUUCACAAUUUCAUUUUUAUACACCCACCUACGAUGAUGAGUAUUAUGGUAUGGCGUUGUCUGUCAACUUUUUCUUGUCCGGACCAUAUCUUGCAUACAGGACCAUCAAACCUCACAUGUAGGAACAACUUGGGAUGGCGGUGUGUUGCAUACUAUUACUAGGUCACUGUGACCUACUUUUCAGUCUACUGCACAUAAUAGUAAAUCCUUGUCCGGACCAUAUUAUAAGUCGUGGAUAACACUAAUAAUCAAACUAAAGCUCUGUGGCAGUAAUAAAAUAGGUUAAAUAUACAUGUACCUAUAUGUACUGACAGAACGUGAAUAUCUGUUCUAUUAUGACAAAACGAGAGAAAAAAAAAAUAUAUUCCACAGGUUUAGUUGGGUUUUUUUUGACAAGAUCCUAGUAUGUUCAAAACCAUUGUUUAACCAUACUAAUACAUGUAAACAGAUAUUUCAAAAUGUUUAAGUAUAUACAUUUUUUUAUCCAUUUUCUUUUUAGAUGUCCAGUCAAACAAACUUUUCAGUACAUGUAUUUUAUGCAUGAUAAUUUUUGUACAAUUUUUGUAUUCAUAUGCCACUGCAUUUUAUUUAAAUUUAGCUCUGGCACUAGUCAAAUAC